ACUUCUAUACAUUUUAAAAGUUGAUCCUUACUUUCAAAAUUUUUAUAAAAUUUACCAAAUUUAAAACAACAACUUUAAAAGCUUUGUUUAGAAGUCACAAAAUUGUCCACAUAGGCAUUGAUGUUUUAGAUGCCGAAUUCAACUUUUGAAAAAGACAGAAGCUUAAAGAUUGUGCUUAGCAAAAUUGUUUAAACACAAAAUCUAAUUGAAGAAAAAAAGAAAAAGAAGAAGAAGACUUGAUUCCAAUUUCAUCAACCGACUUUGGCUGGUCCCUCUUUUUUUUUAAUUAGCAAGGUAGGUGAGGCCGUGAUGAGAGGAAUCAAUUAGACUUCAAUCUAAUUUCAUGUAAUAUCCCAAAUUUUCGGGAAUAUUUAAGUGUAAGUUAAGGACUUGAUUGUGAGAAAAGAUUGUUUAGGGUCUAAUGUGAAUAUUCUGAAAGUUGAGGAACUUAAAGAGGGAAAGAUUUUGGAUAAGGAUGGCUUAUUUCUUUUCUCCCUUUUCCUCAUUCUUCUCCAGCCCGUUUUUGCUCUUGUCUUCCCGCUGCAGCCCGAGAGGAAAAAAAAAAGAAGGAACCAAGCAAGCCGCCGGCCCCAGCCUUGAGGAAACCGGUGAGAAAGCUUGGAUUUCUCCUCCUUUUCUUGUUCUUGAACCCAGAAGUCUCCCUCCCCUGCUGGAAAAGCCGGAUCUGCCUUGCUCUGCUUCUUCACCGCCGGCUGCUCUUGCCUUGUGGGGGCGAAUUGGCUUGUUUUUUUUGAUCCGUGAGUUUCUCCCCUGCACUACCGCCGGCCUCUUUUCCCCCUGCAGCUCCGGUUUUAGCUGGAGAAUUAUGGUUUCUGAUCGUUCUGUCAGUUAGCACUGAGAUUGAGUGCUCGGUUUAUGCGAGGUAAGUAAAUUUAUGGUAAUGCCCGUACUGUUUUAAAAGCAUGUUUUGAUUUGUUUUUGAAGUGGUGGCAGAACUAAAUCCGUUUUACACAAGCAUGACUGAUUUGAAGUGAAAUGUCUUAUGCUUUUCAUUAAAUUGAGCAUGCCUACUUGGAAUUUAAUUGAUUGUCUCGAUGAUUUGAAAGUGAUUAAUGAAUUAUGAAUUUUCUGUUAACUAAUGCCUGUUUUGUCUCCGAUACGGUCAUGUUAUCCUGUUGCUUGCUAGUGGGAGGUCAAACGCUAGCACAUGUCGACAUGUUCUUGAUAGAACCGGUUCAUUCCUGUAAUCCUGCUAGUGGGAGUUAAACACUAGCAAUUUCUGUUGCCUGCCAGUGGGAGGUUUAAACACUGGUCAUGACCUAUAGAGGAGAUGUCUAUUUCGUUUCCGUACCCGUAUCUGUUUUUCGUGAUUGUACUUGUUGGCAUGCUACAAGUUUAAUUAAGGGCACUCCAUAUUUUACUUACUGAGUUUAUCUCAUAGUUUUUCUUUGUCCACCAUUUCAGGAAGUGAAACCGAGGAUGGGGAAACCACGGGAAGUGACGAGUUAGAAGGCUAGCCAUAUGGUAAUUGGAUAUGAAUUUUAGAUAUGAAUCAUGAUCUUGUAUUUGGAGAUUUUAUUGGAGAUUUUAUGAUAUCAGAGUAAAUUUUAUAAUUUGAU